AUGACAAAGGAUAGAUUAGCAGCUCUUGUUGCGGCCCAAAGCGAUGAUGAUGAUGUCGGCCCCGACGAUGUCGCCGUCAACGUCGAAGGCAGAGACGGCUUCAUGGAGGCCUUUUUCGGGGAGGUGGAAGAAAUACGAGACAUGGUGGAUAAAAUACAAGCUAAUGUGGAAGAAGUGAAGAAAAAGCACAGUGCUAUUUUAUCCGCACCUCAGAGCGAUGAGAAAACGAAACAAGAACUGGAAGACCUGAUGGCCGAUAUCAAGAAAACUGCCAACAAAGUCCGUGCCAAGCUAAAGGUUAUAGAACAAAAGAUAGAACAAGAAGAACAAAAUACGAAAUCGUCGGCCGAUUUGAGGAUACGAAAGACCCAACAUUCCACGUUAUCGAGGAAGUUCGUCGAAGUAAUGACUGAAUACAACCGAACGCAAACGGACUACAGAGAACGAUGUAAAGGGAGGAUACAAAGACAAUUAGAAAUCACGGGUAGACAAACGACUAACGAGGAGCUAGAAGAGAUGUUAGAACAGGGAAACCCUGCGGUGUUUACCCAAGGGAUUAUAAUGGAAACUCAGCAAGCCAAGCAAACGUUGGCGGAUAUCGAAGCGCGACACGCCGAUAUAAUCAAGUUAGAAAAUUCAAUUAGAGAAUUGCACGACAUGUUCAUGGAUAUGGCGAUGCUGGUGGAGAAUCAGGGCGAGAUGAUCGAUCGUAUCGAGUACCAUGUCGAGCACGCCGUGGAUUACGUGCAAACGGCCACGCAAGACACUAAAAAGGCUCUACGGUACCAAAGCCGCGCCAGGCGGAAACAAAUUAUGAUUAUAGUAUGCGUUUCGAUACUACUCGUGAUAGGGGCGACGAUGAUUUACGAAAUGGUACCCGGAAUUUAA